AUGAAGGCCGUUCACCCCUUCCUCGUCUUGAUCCUCGUGCCACUUGUCUCUCAGAGCCCCGUUCAAUCGCCCCAGGUCCUGCUGCAGCUACUGGAGAAGGAUCUGGCAACUCUGCUGUCUAGCAAUGAGUGGGACCCCCCCUCGGUCCCACAGGACUCCUUUUUGCAGCUCCUAAGCAGGCAGCGCCCCCUCCGGGACCCCUCCAGCCCGCCAAGUGCCCCCUCAGAACAUGCCUGGCUCCACUUCUUCAAAGACUUAAUGAACACCCAAAAGAAGUUUCGAGGGCGCACCAAGAAAAUGGCCCCGCAAGGGUGCUUUGGGAUCAAGCUUGACCGGAUCGGGACCUUCAGUGGCCUUGGGUGCUAA